AUGCUCGUCGGUAACUUUAUCGGCAUCUUCUGUGCUCGCAGCCUCCAUUACCAGUUCUAUUCCUGGUACUACUUCUCAAUUCCAUACCUCCUAUGGGUUUCUCCUCUUCCCACACCACUUAGACUGCUCCUCUGGCUGACCAUCGAGCUCUGUUGGAACAUCUACCCCUCCACCCCGGCCUCCUCCCUCUCUCUCCUCCUCACGCACCUCUCCCUCCUCCUCGCCCUCUGGAUGGCUCCCCCCCGCCUGCCCUUCGGAGCAGACGAGCAGUCGUGGCAGGGGCAGGGGCAGGGGGGAGGGGGGAAGGUAGAGGGUGGUGCAAUGGGGGAGAUGGAGGGUAUGGGGAAGGAGGAGCGGGAGGCCAUGUGGCAGCAGUAUGUGGAGCAGAUGACACGAGAGGCUGAAGCUGCUGCUGCUGCAGAGGCAGCCGCCGAGGGGACAAAAGGAGCAGAGGGAUCAGAAGCAGGAGCGGGGGGGGAUGGGAAGGGAGCAGAGGGAGAGAAGCGAAAGGCAGAGUAA